AGAGGGAGAGAGAGAGGGAGUGUGAGGGAGAGCGAGAGAGCGGAAGAGAGAGAGAGAGGGGAGAGACGAGAACACUCACUGACUGAGGAGCAGAUUUUCAUUCCAUCCGCUUUCGACUCCUCGGCUUCCCGGCUGAACCGCACAUCCACUGACCUGAACCGCAGAUCAACUGGGCUGAACCGCACAUCCAAUGGUCUGAACCGCAGAUCCUCUGGUCUGAACUGCAGAUCCACUGGUCUGAUACGGUUUUUAGAGAACUCCUCCGCGUCCGAUCAGGUCUCAUGUUCGACUACGUCGCUCUCCACGGUGUCAUCUCGGCCAACUUCACCCGUUUUCCACUCGCUCUUGAACUGCACCAUGAAUAGUUGGAGAGCCUCUGUCGGUCGCAUCCCUUUGGCAUGGUGGGGAUUACGCAGCCCCAGAGCGGAGAGCAUGUGAACGCAGAUGGAGUUUGGGAUUUAUUGCGAAAUAAGGGAAAGAUGACCGUCUUCUCUUUGUGCUUGCUCUUGUGCGCGGACCUGCUGGACCUAGCCGUGGGAUAUUUGACAGUUACCAUUGAGCCGCUGCCUCCAGUCGUUGUGGGGGAAACCGUCACGCUCAAGUGUAACUUCAAGACCGAUGGGAGGCUGCGGGAGAUUGUUUGGUACCGGACUCCCAGAGGUGCGGAUCUCCGACAACGGUCCGUAUGAAUGCCACCGUGGGCAUCUACGACCCGCGCCACCAGGGAGAACGGUGGUGCUGGCAUCUGGAAUGUUUUGGCUUACUGUAAUGUGUGAGUACCUUUGUCACCUUCAUUCCCAUUCUGUGGUAAUAGCGCUAUGCUAG